AAGCGGAAAACUCUAACACUAUACCUUUUCUUAUACUUAAAUCAACCAAUGGCAGUAUACGUGAGGUCCCUUUUGGAAACGGUACAAACCCACAGGAUAACAUUUCAUGCACCAUAUCUACUCAGCUGCUACCUGCUGGAAAAAGAACAGAGAAGUGUAUCAACAGAAUGAUUAUGUACCACCAAGCCAAGAAAUUCAAAUGAAUGAUGUGUACAAUGAAAUAAGUAAUGAACGCAAUUCCAAAGGUGUACAACAGAUGACAUUGACGACAGAGCAACGUCAUUCCAGCAUGUCGUCCAACAUAAGCUGUAGUGUUUACAACCAUCUUCACGAGUCAACAGUAGAUAACAGAGAAAACCAUUACGAACACGUACAUUUAACAAAAACUGAAGAUCCAGCACUUGGUCAUUUUAAUGGCACUUUAGAUGAUGUUCCAAAUGCAGAUAAAGAUUCAGAUGAGGGAGUGGUAGAUGAUAACGACUUUUUGUUUCAGAAGGAAAAUUUACCCAUUCCAGAAAGUGAUGGGUUAAAAACAAAUGAUAAUUACUUUGUUCUAGAAAAAAGUCUUUUUACCUAG